GUUUUAGAUGGCGUUAGGAUCCGAUAAUUUUGCUGAUCUUUCGGGUCCACCAGCGCCAGUAAUUUCGAAAUUGAAGUGUUCUACAUGUUCUAAGUCUGUGUGCUCUAUAUCUGGGUUUCGUGCACAUAUGGCAAUACAACAUGGUAUCUACGUUGAAUAAACUGGCACUCAGCUUAGAAUGACGCCGGAAAGCAGUGGAACCAGGAAGCCGGCUGUUUAUCAACUUAUCUGCUUCAUGUGAUUCGCUCACAGAUGCCAGUCUCCAAGAUAUAGCGGCUAGAUAUCCAGACACUAGGACUGCCAUAGCUCGCGACGCUGACAAUGCGCUAUGGCUGCGAUAUGGCAUACUACAGCCAAGAUCGCACUUCGAAAUGCAGUUGAAUCUUGCUAAGAGAGGAAUCAGGGUGAUUGGGAUGGAUCCGAAGGAGAAUGGGACUCCAAACCGAAGCACUCCGGGAGGUGGGCUUCGCCCCAUCAUGGCGCGACGUUCUGCUUUCACUUUGAACGAUAGUCCAUCACCACCAGAAGUGAUGAAGAGAGAUGAUCCUCCGGCUUUCACUUCUGCUUCAUAAAACCUUUCCUACUUGUCAGUAAUAUGCUGCGUUGCAAAUUCUGUGCCCAACAAACUUGCAUUCAAACAAUGAUGUGAGAUCAUGUGCAAUUCAAUCAUGUCUUGGUCUGCCGAGCCUGUGGAAAUGGAUUUGCGCAUCGCGAGGCAUUGACCCGACAUGGAAAACUGGGACGAUGUUCGAUGCAGUUUGAAGAUGUGUCUGUGAAACAAAUCUCUGUUGAUUGUGGGGUUUGUUAUAAGAGAAUGUCGCUUGCUAACAUAGCUCCAUUUGUUCCGGGAGCGUCCUGCGGUCUUAUAUGGAACGUCUGGGCAGACUACACUCCUAUCGCACACCAUGAGGCAAUGAGAGUGCAUCUUACGCAACGACGUAUGGAUGAAAGACGGCAAUUUGACAGCCCUGGUGUGGAUGAUGAUUUGGCCGACAGUGCAGAGGCCACAACUAAUGCCCAUCGAGCAUCUCUUGUGGCACAAGUUCUAGUGGAAGUCGCGGUUAAUGUUGGAAAUGUGGGCUCAUCGAUGCUUGGAUACGUUGAGGACAAUGACGAGAGUGCAGUGGAAUACCUUCCUGAAAGCGUGAAAGCUGAGUACGGGUCGGUGGUUGUCAAAGAAGUCCAUGACGACAACAAUGACGAUGAAUUACAAGUUAUCGGCGAAGUUGAACAUGCUCGUGGUGUUACGUCGUCAGCUGUGGUUACGAAAAGAAGUACAAAUGCUCGCGAUGCAGCUCUAUGUCUUUGGCAUACACUGAAAGGUUUCUUUUCCGUAUGCAGAAAUUGUUGCGCUGCCUUUGAGAGUCAGCAGCAAUUUAAAAAUCGUCGACUUUGUCAUGGUCCAGCGGGUUCAGUUUCAUGCGGUGAAUGCUCCGCCAUAGCUUACAUACGCCACUAUUUGAACAUCAUCGCAACGCCCACGCAACCAAGGAUAGACUUUUCUACGGAUGCAGUCAACGCAGCAUGUUGUUCCGAUCGGAUGCACGACUUAUGUUCCAUCUUCGAGAGGCACAUGGUGUUCCUCUAUUCUUCUUCUGCAAGGCUUGCCAUCUUGGUGGUACUCAGGAGAAGUCGAUACAUGUACACGUUGCUUUGA